CUCCUUUCUUCCCUUUUCCUCCUAAAUUAAAUUUUCUCCUCCUUUUGGUAUAAACUUUAUUUCUUCAGAAUUAUACCAAAGUAUUUAUCAGAAUCCAGUGAUAAGAAGGAGACUUUAAUUUGAUCUCUAGUAGUAGAUAUCUAUUCUAUAAUUAUCUUUCGUAUAUGAAGACGAUUUAAUUAGGAUUAACUGUGUUACAAUAUAAAUAAGACUAUAUAUCUCAAUAGAAAUAAUGUUUGGCUUUGGUGGGCUUUUGAAACCGUUCAAUACAAUGCGUGUUUUGAUACCUAAGGGCAUUAGACUCUCUCAUGUGCUAUAUUAUGUUGAACGUGUACUAAGUACUCUUUCAUUGUAUACACUUGAUAUUCUAAGAGUUUAUUUACAAAGAAUACGUACAAAUUUAUCUCAUCAUUAUAAUGUACGUGAAACUAAAUACAUUCAUCAAAAUUGAUCACUAAAAGUUUAAAUUUAAUGUUAAGAAUGCGGUGAACAGCCUAUUUCAAAUGAAAUACGCGAUUUUUCAUGAAAUGUCUAAAUAUAAACACAUAUUCAAUUCAAUUGUACUUACAAUUGUUUGCACCAAGUGUGCCCUAUAAAAAACAUUGGCGAAAAUUGUUAUCGAAACAGUCGACUUUUUAUUUAAACAUAUUUUUCAGAUUAAAGUACGAAAUGACGAGAUACGUAAAAUACAAGCAGAUUUAAAUAAUGUUGAACGUAAUCAACAAGAUUUACUCAAACGAAUAAAAAUGGAAACAGAAUCAGUCGAAGCAUCAGAAUUGAAAAAUUCAGAAGGACGAAGACACAAAAUUCAGUUAGAUAUAAAUCAGUAUCGUACAAAAUUGCAAGAACAACAACAACGAAAUAAAAAAGCUGAAUCCGAUUUAAGACGAGAAAAAUGGAGAAAUGAAACGGGUUUGGAAACUUGGCUCACAAAAUAUGAUAAUGAAAUGAGACAAAAACAGGAUGAAUAUGAUGAAAUUGAAGCACAAUAUACUGAAGAAAAACGUUUACUGAUGGAGUUAGAAGAAAGAUUUGACAAAUUGAAAACCGAAUAUCUACAGAUAAUGGCUGAACGAGCAGCUGAAGAAGAACGUUUGGCCGCUGAAAAAGCAUUACGUGAACGUCGAUGGAGAGCUGCUGGUAAUAUUCAACGAUUUUGGAAUGGUUUUAAAGUUCGAAAAGGUCUCAAAAUUAAAAAGAAGAAAAAAGGAAAAAAAGGAAAAUCAAAAUAA